UUAUUUGGGCCUUGGUCAUACUUUUCUUUUGGUUUCCACUUCCAGUGAACAAACUUUUGUACUAUAAUUAUCAAUCAUCCUUCACACUAUUUGAUUCUUUAAACAAAAGAAAUGAAGUAUUUUGUAUUUUGGACCCGAAUAGUGAUUCUUGGAAACAACAUCUACAUUUCAGCCCCAACCUAGUUGGGGCAGGUGAUCCUUGGAAAUAUGAAGAAAAAAGUAUUCUUGAUCCAGAUGAUAUCUCUGAACUUGGAAAUGAUAGCAUUGGGCAUUUGGCAACAAUAGCAAGAACUUGUCUGGCUGCGAGUGUUAUUUUUGCUGAGAACUGCACUAAAGGAAUUCAUCAGCUUGAGAAGAAUAAGAGCUCCAACUUACAUAAACUGCUGCUGCUGAAGCUUGCUCUCUCUCUUGAACAGACUACUUCAUUUACUAAACUAGCAUUUGAUAUUCAACUUCUCGAAGUAAACGAAGGAUGUAAACCAAUAUUAUAUGCCAUGAUAUGUCAUGCAACUCGAUGCUUCAGGAGUGCUCUUACUGAUUCUGACAUUCAAGUCCAAGCAAUUGGGUUGCAAAUAUUGAAAAGCAUGCUAACAAGAAAAACCAAUUCAGAGUUUAACUCUUUCCUUGUGUUCUUUGUUGGGGAACUUGUUGAAGACCUUGGAUCUGUAAUCCAGAAACUUCUUAAGACACCUAUGAACAGGGAAGUGAUGGCUAUUGCUGGGGAGUGUUUGAAAAUUUUGAUGUUUCUUCAGACACUCUCAAGAACUAAUGAGUGUCAGAAAUGCCUAAUGAAUCUGUUUUUGGAAGCUGUUCUCCUUUUUACAACAUCAGAGAAUUCUUCUCAGGAAGCACGUGAUUUGAAGAUCACAGCUAUAAAAUUAGUUGCACAACUGGCUCAACUCCCUAGCUCAUCUGCUUAUAUCAAGGAGGUCUUACUGACAAUGCCCAUGACAAGAAGACAACAACUGCAGGAUGUAAUACGUGCUUCUGUGAUGCAAGACCAGAACCAAAUACAAGUCAAUUCCACAGGACCAUCUUUAAGUAUCAAGUUGCCUGCAAAAAUAGAGGAAAGUAGAGAAGAGGAAAAUACUGUUUCAGCUGCUUGUAGAGAAGAGGUUGAGGACAAGUCUGAGGAAGAGGAAGACGAUGAUUGGGAUACUUUUCAGUCUUUUCCUUCCACUAAUGAAGACGGCCCAACUAAAACUGACUUUCAGGAUUCUCACUCAAUUGAGAGCACAAAUUCAGAUGGUGGCCUCGGGGGAGACUCUAUAUGUGUACCUCAGAAUGAGGUAGAAGAAACUACUGUUACAAUUUCAGAUGGUGGCCUUAAGGGAAACUUUAUGUCUAUACCUCAGAAUGAGAUAGAAGAAAUGACUGCUGAAGAGCAUAUUGCUACUGUCAAUAACAUUCUGUCAGUCGAUGCCGAUAGCAACAACCAGACACAGGAGCUUACUGGUUCCCAAGAUGGCUUCCAUGACGGAGUGUUAUCUGAUACUCACCACAUGGAGAAGGAUAUAACAGCAUUAAGCCACAAUGAUGUGCUCUUACCUGAACGUCAGUCCGAGGUAGGAGACUGCCCUGAAUCAUGUGAAAACCUGAAGGGCCAAAAGAGAACAGUUAGCAAUUUGUCGUCUGAGCUCGGGGAACAUGCUAAAGUUGUAAAAGCUCAUGAUUCCUCUUUUGAGGAUCAUCAGAGAACUACAGCGGAAUCUAGUGAAACAAAUGAAGGUGCUUUGCCUGAUCUUCAUCCUACUGAAAUGGAAAAGGAGUGUAGCAUGCCACUUGAUGAUUGUCAUGAGGAGGACAUAAAAGAACAAACUACACGUGAUGAUCACCACGAGGAGAAGGAUGUGAGGGACAUACCCACAGUCAAGGAUCACCAUAAGGAGACGAAAGCAGAAAACAAAGACCAACCUUGUAAAAUAGAUUUGUCUGAGCAGUCUCCUAAAAAUGUAGAAGGUAAAACACAAGUCAGCCUUGACGAAAAAUGAUUAGCACAUCCUAUUGCCUCCAUGAGUCUGUAUAUUGAAGUUAAAAUACAGGGACACCAAAAUUUGGAAAGGUCACUGUAAUAGGUUUAUGUAUGGUCAGUAUUAUUUUUUGACGUGUUUGGCAAGUUCUAUUGAAGUUUGAAGUUCUGUUUUUGUA